UUAAAGUGACUGCCUGAAAGGCAACAUUGCCUGAGUCGCCAUUGAGAGCGAGCGCAUAUUUGAUAUUGUAGAAAUUGUCGUUCGUACGCGAACCAGUGUUUCCAAUUGAGACGAAUAGAAAAGGACAACACUACAUAACACGGCUUUAGGGCAAAUAGACGUAUUUGACAGGUUUAAACUGUGUGUGUUUAUAAAAACAUCGAUUCAUAUCCGUGUAUGACACUUUUUGCUAGGGCUCUUUGUGUCGACAAUGGUUUGUUUUUCUCCGUCAGGAUCUCUUAUGGUGAUCGGAUCAUUUUAAAUGAAUGAUAGAGGUUUAGUCAUUCUGUUUAAAAGGACAGAAAUCUGGUUGGAGUGAUUAAGGGCGGACAGGAAGAGAUAGGCAGGAUUUCAACAUUUAGACAACAAGGAGUUUGGAAAGGAGAUGGGGAAUUGUCUGAAAUCUCCCACUUCGGAUGAUAUCUCCUUGCUCCACGAAUCACAGUCAGACAGGGCCAGUUUCGGUGACGCCAACGAUCCGGAUCAGGAACCGCCACCUCCUUAUCAGGAGCAGAUCCAUGUGCCGGUGUACCACCCCACUCCCAGCCAGGCCCGUCUGGCUACCCAACUGACUGAAGAGGAGCAGGUCCGGAUCGCUCAAAGGAUCGGCCUCAUCCAGCAUCUUCCCAAAGGUGUCUAUGAUCCAGGCAGUGACGGCACCGAGAAGAAGAUUCGAGAGUGUGUGAUCUGCAUGAUGGACUUUGUGUAUGGAGACCCCAUCCGGUUCCUCCCCUGCAUGCACAUCUACCACCUGGACUGCAUAGAUGACUGGCUGAUGAGGUCCUUCACGUGUCCCUCCUGUAUGGAGCCUGUAGAUGCUGCCUUGCUCUCGUCCUACGAAACUAACUGACUACUGCCUGCACUGAUCCCCGCCCUACACACACACACACACACACGCACACACGCACACACACACACGCACACACACACACACACACACACACACACACAACCCUGUCCUCACACAGCCCCUUUGCAUAAAGAGAAAAACGGUAUGCUCGACUGGGGCGUGGGAUGGUGUGUCUGUGGCAUCAUGGGAUAAAGGAGGACCUGUGAGGCCACAGUGAUAAUUAAAACCCCUCCUGCAUUGUCCUGCUGGACAGGGAAAUCUGCAGGAGCCCUUUUGCACCCUGACGACUUUAUCAUGUGAUUCCUUUGUCUCUCGUCGACGACACCCAGACGAGCCGGUCACGCACCAUUCCACUGUAGCAACACUUACACUGGAAGGAGACGAACCUUUGAGAAAUGUACUGGAGGACUCUUAAAAACACAUCUUCAACAUUCAAUCUCUAUUUAUUUCUUCCUUUCUCAGUGUCUGUUUCCAUAAAGGGCUUUCUGCCGGAGCUGCAGUGGAGCAAAACAAAUGGCAUUGCACAUACACAUGCAAAGAAAAAAGAAAAAAAAAGUCUCCAUGAUUUUUGCACUUUUGACUAAAAAAGAAAUUAAGCCCAACUGUACACACACACACACAUGCACAUACGCCCCCAUGUGCACACAGGAAUCAUCCCAUACAACUUUUAUUUAACCACAUGUUAGCUUUUGAGUUUGUAUGUUUGUUUAUUCAUUUUAAACUACUCUAUGAACACUUCAGCUGCCCAGUUUGUCUUGAGAAAUUUUAAUUUCUCUCUGUCGGUUGUGAGCACCAAGUCUGAAUGGAUUUGGUGGAGCAAUUAAUUAAUAAAUUAAUAAUAAUAAAAAUAAAGUAAAUAUAAAAAAAAAAAAAAAA